CGGGAAUUCCCCGCUUUUUUCGUGCUUAAACGACGAAACAAAACAAGCCUUGCUGGUGCAGUACACUAGCUAGCUAGUAGCAUCACUCGGCCAUGGAUGAAUGAAGCAGACGGAGGAGCUCGGAACAUCAGACAGAUCAAUCAAGAGAACGAGAAGCCAAGCCAAGAGACAAUACUAGCUUGCUUGUACACAGAGUAGUAAGAGCGUUGAUUCAUUCAUCAAUAAUACAGUAAGAGAAGAGAAAGAAAAAAGAUUUGACAAUGGCAGCAGCAGCGGCAGGACCUCCACAAACGUUUCCCUAUGACUAUCUGUUCAAGGUGCUGAUCAUUGGAGAUGCUUCGGUUGGAAAGUCAUCCAUGUUACUACGGUUCACGGACGACUCGUUUGAUGAGCACAUUCAGAGCACCAUUGGAGUGGACUUUAAAGUCAAGCACAUGGACGUCAGUGGCAAACGCAUCAAGCUUACGAUUUGGGAUACGGCAGGCCAAGAACGAUUUCGGACUCUGACGUCUAGCUACUAUCGAGGCGCCCACGGCGUGGUCUUGGUGUACGACGUGACCCGCACGGACAGUUUUGAAAACUUGGAGCAGUGGCUGAAAGAAGUUCAGCUCUAUUCGCCCAAUGGAGGAGAAAAUGUCGUCAAAUUGCUCGUUGGAAACAAAAUUGAUCUAGAACGAACCGUACCUCGAGAACAAGCCGAAGCUUGGGCUCGCUCUCAAGGAAUGCUCUUUCUAGAAGCAUCUGCCAAAACCAAGCUAGGUAUCCGACAGGUAUUCAUGGAAGUCGUACAGAAAAUUGUCGAGAAUCCGGAACUGCUAGCCAAUGCGGUCCCAGGGAAACCCAAAACUACCACACAAUUGCAACCGCAACAUCAUCAACAUGGGGGACACAGUGGCAGCAUGUACGAUGAUGACGAUGGAGGAUGUUGCUAAGUUAUCCACCAACCAACCACAGCACCUACUACAGCAAUAUCUAUCCAACCACCAACUAGAACCGUUGUACGUGAUGGCCCACUGCAACAACAAAAACUAUGAAGCCGAGUCAAACAAAAACAACCGCAACGACAACGAACCAAAAGGAUGUAAGACAGUACUAUAGCAAUAGUGCAACAAUCCAUGAACCAACAGUUCUAUUUGAUUAUCAUUCACUCUUCAUUCAUUCAUUCAAUCAAUCCACGCUACUGUACACUGUAGUCAUUCAUUCAUUCAUUCAGGAGGUUCAUUUAUUUCUCGGUUGUGUGCAUGGAAUGGAAGGACACAGUUUCACUAGUCUACUAAACGUAGAUUUGUACCGAAACCCACGGAAUCCAAUCACCGGCUGCGCCAUGCCUCCUUCUCGUAUCGUACAAUAGAUCACUGUCGUUAUGUUAUUUGUAGCUGCACAGGUCGUGGU